AUGCCGACUUCACCGGAUAAACCCUCCCAAGGGGACACGGAUGCCGCACGUCACCCACCGUCUGAAACAGAAGGUACAGCUUCCACGCAGGAUUCGGCCGCUGGACGACGCAUCGCCUUCAACGCUGGAUCUUAUCAUAUUUUUGCUUUUGAUUUACGCCAGCCAGUUGAGAUAUUGAUCGAACGUCUGUGUAAUGAUACAUCCGAUGGACCUGGCCUAGACCCCACACUGCCUACACUAUUUCUAGCAGAAUGCGUCCUAGUUUACAUGCCAUCCGAUCAGACUGCUCAAUUGUUACGUGGUUUGGCUCGUGGUUUUCCCCAUGCCGCUUUUCUGCACUAUGAACAGGCAGGACUUUCUGCAUGUCAAUCGCUUGCGGAUCAAGAGAAGCGAUUUAUUGAAACUGGCUGGAAACGAGCGACCGCUUGGACAGUGAAUCAAGUUUACCAAUCGUUCUCUCAGGCCACACGGCAUCGAAUUGAACACGUCGAAAUGCUGGACGAUUUGGAGAUAUCUCAGCAACUUUUCGACCACUACUGCAUUCUGUACGCUGUGAAUGAUGAAAAUCAAUAUUCGUGGUCUGACCUAUACGAACCGCUGGCACAAAUCUGUUGA